AUGGAUUUUCAGUUAUCUCAAACUUCACUGCAAGUACCGAAACUGACAAUUGAAGCUAAUGGUAACGAGGAGCAGAAGGAAAAACAGAAGGAGAAGGACCCUCUGGCGAAUGUUUCAAUGGUGGAUCCUUUCCUAGUUGAGGCUCUUCAAAAUCUGCGUCAUCGUCUAACCAUUCUGCGAAUGGAACUCGAUGUACAAAAGUUCUUGCAGAAUUCUGAUCUACAGCAGUUCGAGUUUCCACACUUUCCUACUUCAUACCUUCGUCUUGCUGCACACCGUGUUGCUCAACAUUAUGGUUUGCAGACUAUGGUUCAGGAUAAUGUCAUAGAUGGCCAGGGAAUCCGUAUUUUGGUCAUAAAGAAACCAGAAAGUAAGGUCCACAUUGUCUGUUUAUCAGAUGUUCCAGCUAAACAAUCAGAAAAUGCCGAAGUUGAUCGAGUAAAGAUUGUGAUAAAGCCAAGGCAUUCUAAGGCUUCGUCAAAUGAGAUCAAUGGAACGGGGUUUAAGCACUGUCCUGUGAGAACUGUGGAAGAGAGGAGGGAGGAGUAUGACAAAGCACGAUCUCGUAUUUUCAGUAGUCCAAGUAGUUCUGGGUCAGAAGAUUCUUUUUCUCAUGUUGCUUCCAAUGUGAAUAAUUUGAAUGUAGAUGAAAGUGAAGUUUCAAGGAACUUGAGUGUGGAUGAGGACAAAAGUUGUAGCAGCAGGGACAUUGGUAGUUCUUCUAGGGUUGCCAUCUUUAGGGACAGGGAGAAGGAUCUUACUGACCCUGAUUAUGAUCGUUGUUAUGAAAGAUAUAUUAAAAACCUUCCAAGCGCUCAACAUUUCAGCUUAGCACCUUUUAAUAUGCAGAAAUUCCAGCCUCAAUUUGUGCAUUAUGAUCCUGUUUUUCCUCAGCUGAGUCAGAUGCCGGUAGCUCAAGCUCCCGUCAACUAUCAGACCCCAAUCAUGAGCCCAUAUUGUGCCAUGGGAUCGAAUCAGACAUCUCGGGAUGCUUUAUAUAUGCAGUGGCCAAGUCAGUCCAUGAUGUAUGCAUGGUCUUAUGAUCAACGAAGGCAUGCCUUUUGUCAGGUUCCCUUCUGUCAGCAGCCCCUAAGUUUUGAUUAUUCCCAGAACCAUAUGUGA